GAUGACGGGAGCUCAUGGUUGAGUGAACAGGGCGAGGGGCGUGUCAGUUUUGCGGACAUCUGCCAGAGGAAUUGAAACCGCUUCCGUUCAGGUCACACAGACAUGCGCAGUGAUAACAAUGGACGGCAGAGAAGAUACGUCUGUAUCGAUGUCUGUACCGAUGUCUGUACCGAUGUCUGUACCGAUGACUCCCACACUUGACCUUCAACAGAAGGCAGCAAAGGAGGUGGUGACACCAGGUGGUGAGCUGGUCUCACCAGGAGAAGACAUGAUCGAAAAGUUACAUCAACAACCCCAAAUCAAGCUUAAAAACGAUACUGAUGGGGAAAUUAACAGCGCAUCGUACCUCAAAACAUUAUUUCAAAACCAGCACCAAAUGGUGCAACAACUCCUCAACACUGUACAGGUACAAGACGAGAAAAUCAGACAAAACUCUGCCAGGAUGGACGAAUUACAAAAACACACAGAAAACAGAGAUGACGUUAUGAACGAAAUAAAAGGGGAGAUCACCAAUCUAUCUCAUGUCUGCGCGCACUUUCACGAAUCCCUUCAAGAAUAUCAGGGGGCUGCGGAAAUCGGCGAAAACAAAACGGAAAUUCAGAACAAGAAGUUGGAGGAGUUAAAGGAAUCGUUGAAGGUCGUGUAUGCACAGCAAGAAGCUGAGGCGGAGAGUAUUGACGAGAUCUCGCGCAAUCACCAUAGAGACGUCCUUGAAGUGUGUAAACAAGUGGACGAUUUCGAAGAUAAGUUGGAGAAAAUGAAAUGAAAUGGUUUCUUACCUUUACGAGAAGGAUACAGUUCCCGAUCAGGAGAACAAGGACUCCAGCCUUUACAGCCUACUGCUCAGGUUUCUCCGACACCGACCAAGGCUCCACCCUCACCUGUUUCAAGGACGUGAGGUGCAACUCCGGGGCGUGCUACAACCCCCUGACUGGGGGAGUUCACCGCCCCGGCCGACGGGCUGUACGCCGCCAGCCUCACCCUCUGGCUGCUGAAGGAGGGUCGGGUCAAGGUCAACGUCAUCAACAGGACCCGGGGUCACGAGGUCAAGGUCUGCGAGGUGUUCGCGUGUGGCUUCAACACGAGCUCGUGCGGUGUGGGCGUGGCUGACAUGGAGGCCGGGGAUAAACUUUUCUUGAGGCUUGUGUGUAUUUCCGGGAAUUCCCAAGGAGCGCAGUUAUCGGAUUUUUCCAGUUUCACCUGCUUCAUGAUUCAA